AUGCGUUUGUUUCUCUUAUUAGCAAAACCCGUACCUUUCGGGCACUGGUGGCGGCUGGUGAAUCUCAUUAGGCGGGUGGAGGCGCUGCAGGCGGAGAGCGCGGCCCCGGCCCCCGGGCAACGGCAGAGCCUGUCGCUGAGAUGUAUGGAGCUGAAGAAAUUGGUGGAUGAGAAUACAAAUGCUCUUCAUUAUUUGAAAAAAGCUGAUGAGCCUGCACCUGUGGGGAAUUAUAACCAGAGGAAAGAAGAAGAAGAAAAGCUACUACAUAAACUCUCUCAGCAACUUCAGAAACUUGUUCUUACCUUGGAUCAGGACAAGGUGGCUAUGAAUGAUGGAGUGGCUGGGGAGAGCCGGGAAGAUCCUCAAACAGAAGACGAAAAUGGAAAAGAGGAUGAGAGUGAAGAUGAAGAAAGUAGUGAGGAGGAAGAGAGUGAAGAAACAGAUGAUGAUGAGGAUGAAUUGUUGAAUGAUCCAAAUGUUAAAGAAUGUGUUGCAGUUGGAAACUUCAGUGCACAGCAGGAAGGGGAUCUCGCGUUUACGAAAGGUGAAGUCCUACAUAUUCAUGAGAAGAAGGUGGAUGGCUGGUGGGUAGCUGAAAACUCCAAAGGGGAGAGAGGCCUCGUUCCUAGAACCUACCUUGCGGUCCGACGUGAAGAUAGUGAAAGCCAAGAGCGAAGUGGAGAACACAUCGAAGUGGUGGAUGAAACAGCAGAUGGAACUGAAAUUAAAAAAAGAACAGAUUCUCAUUGGAGCGCUGCAAGAAGAGCCAUUGCAGAGAAUGACACAGUAGAGGUACUGGCAACCAUAGGAGCAGUUCCUGCAGGAUUCCGCCUAUCCACACUUUUCCAGCUCUUAGAAGAAGGCAAUCAAUUUCGAGCCAGUUACUUCUUGAAGCCUGAACUUACUCCUUCCCAGUUGGCUUUCAAAGACUUGGUGUGGAACUCUGAAAAAAAUACUAUCUAUCCUCGACCGACUCGAGUGUCCCUGAUUGUAACGUUAUGUAGCUGUAAAAUGAUUCCCCUCCCUGGGGUCAGCAUCCAGGUUCUCAGUAGACACGUUCGAUUCUGUCUGUUCGAUGGCAAUCGGGUGCUGAGUAACAUUCACACAGUGAGAGCUACGUGGCAACAUAAAAAUCCUCAAACAUGGACCUUUUCUCCAAGAGUAACGGGCAUUUUACCCAGCUUGCUUGAUGGUGACUGUUUCAUAAGGUCCAACUCUCUGUCUUCAGACAUUGGUAUAUUAUUUGAACUUGGCAUCACUUAUAUUCGCCAUUCAACAGGUGAAAGAGGAGAGCUAAGCUGUGGCUGGGCAUUUCUGAAGCUUUUUACUUCUAAUGGAAUGCCUGUUCCCUCCAAGAUGUAUGAGCUGCUAAUACAGGGGGGUACUCCCUAUGAGAGAGGCGUUGAGGUUGGCCCAUCAAUAUCAAGAAGAGCAGGCAGUGGUGUUUUUCAUCAGUUUAUAGCACUCAAGAAACAGCCAGUGCUUGUGGUGAAACUGAGGUCAUUAAGUGCGCAGUCAAAAGACAUCCUGAAUUUGCUACCAGAAACAUUAAUUGGCAGCAUGUGCUACAUCCACCUCCUGAUACUUUAUCGACAAAUACUUGGUGAUGCACUCCUGAAAGACAGGAUAAGCGUGCAAAGCACAGAUUUAAUCUGUAAUCCUAUUUUAGCAACUUUCCCUCAACUCUUGGAUGAACCAGACCUGAUGGAUGCACUCCGGAGUGCUUGGGCAGAUAGAGAAAGAAAGCUGAAGAGAUCUGAGAAGAGAGAUCAAGAAUUUCUGAAAUCUCUGUUUGUCCUGGUGUACCACGACUCCGUCUUCCCUCUCCUCCAGUCCACCCUCCUCCCUGAGUACAGGUGGGCUGAGGAAGAGUCAGAAGCAUCUCGCUGGAAGGUGAUUGCUAACUUUUUGAAAGAGAGCCAAGAGAAUGAUGGUGCGCUUCAGUAUCUGCUGUCAUCAGAAAACACUCACAAAGCCUUUGAUAUUGCAGAGCUGGCUUACGAUUUCUUAGGAGAAGUGAGGAAAAACAAUCCUGAAAUAUGA